ACUAUCGUCGUAGCGAUCAUGUGGAAUGGCGCCGAGAAAGAGACAUGCAGUGAUGCGAUAGCGGUAGAAUCUAAGAAAGAUGCCGAGAUUGCCGAGAAUCGCUCAGCCAGUGACCAACAGUUCGCGAGCAACAACAUCAACGUUCCCGUUUCGGAAGGGAUUCAAGUACGAUCUGUUUUCCCGCAGAUUGCAUCGUUCGCAUCCUGUCCUAGGAUGGCUGACGAUACCGUGACCAUCCCCGGGGACACGAAUGAAACAACAAUAUUGAUACCGCCUCCAAAUGUCGCCGAAUUCCAGAUUGAAUGCAAGACAGAACCGGGCACUGAAUUGGGCAACUCGAUCGACGACCCAUUGGUAUUUGAUGAAUCCUCAAUACACAUUCCGGUAUUCGCACCUACGAUAAAGGCUCCAGUUGUUUUAUUGGAGAGAUGUGAUAAAAUUUGGGAAACAUUACAAUUAAUAAAGACUGUACAGGUUGAGAAGCCAACAGUGCUAACUGAUGAUGAUUGUGAUAAAAAUGAAGAGGAAAAAAAUAAGGAGGAAGUGCAGCAUUUGGAUGAGGUUGAACAAUCUGAAUCACAUGUCAAAAAUCAACCUAAAUUAAGAAGUGAUAAUACAAUGCCACCUUUUAAAGUUUCUGUCGUAAGAACGAAGAAAUUAUAUCCUUGCACUAUCUGUGGUAUCCAAUACUUGGAAAGACGAUCCUUAAGAAAGCAUUCGGAAAAAGUACAUGGAAUUGUCAUUCCCUUACUUAUUCAACGUAAACGUUUGAAACGUAAAACUUUAAACAAAAAGAAUUUCGAUGGACCCAGUCAAGUUUCUUCUAUUAGCAAAGAAAAUAACAAUUCUGAAAAGGUUUAUGAUAAUAAAAAUUCAUGUGAAAAGAUCACUGCAAAGACAAAACUUACCAACAUUGAAACUACUACUGCUUCACCACCUGUUCUAUCGGAACGGUUUGUCAAGUGUACAUUAUGUCAGCAAAAAGUAUUAUCUUUAAGGAAACAUUUAACUAAUUAUCAUAAAAUUGGAGGUUCUACAAGUGUAAUGGAACAGCUAGAAUCAUCAUUAUUGAGUGAGCCUAAAACAUCACCUGGAGAUAAACGAAUUACAUUAAAAAAUGAACCUCAAGAUGGAUUUCGCUUAAUGGACAAUGAAAAUGAUACUCAUAGAACAUCCAAAGUCCAAGGAAAAAGAAAAUAUAAAUUGUCUUAUCCUAGAAAGAAACGCAAGUUGAAUAAUGAACGUUAUGCAUUUGUUCAGAAUCCGCCCACUAUUGCAAAGGAAGAAAUUUUAAAUGCUUAUACAUAUAAAUGUGACAUUUGCUUGGGAUUUUAUAAAACUGCCCAUGGUUUGUACAAACAUAAACGCAUUCACAAAUUACGUGGAGAAACUAAACAAAAUUUUCAUAAAUUCACAUGUAGAUACUUUAAUUCACCAUUUAAUAAAAACUACAAAUCUUCCACAAAGUAUGCUAACACUGCAAACAAUGCUAACAAUAGAAUAGAUGAAAAGGCUACAUUGCAAUUAAAUAAUUCCAAGCGUAAUCAAAAUAGUUCAAUUUCUAAUCGAGCUAUCCGAUACAAUGAAAGAAUUAACAAAAAUAAUGAAACUACUUGUAUAUGUGGAAGAUCAUUUCGAAAUCCUCAUACCUUGUUCCUUCAUAAAAAGAAUUGUGAUUUAUGUCAAAAUGAGGAUAUAGUAAAGAGCAGUAGGGUCAGUAGUGAUAGAGACUCUGGUAUUGGCAUUAACAUAACAAUCAAGAAACGAAAUGAUUCAUAUGAGAUAGUUGGUAAAGAUGACGAAGAUAAACUCCAAAAUUCUAAAACACGUCUCAAAGAAGAUACUUCAUCUAUGUCUCGCACAUCUAAUUAUACCAAAGAUUUCACUAAAGCGUCCACUAAACAACAAGUAUCAGAUACAUCUGAUUCAUCUAAAUACAGUAAAGAUCAUAGUAUUUUGAAGUUAGAAGAUACAGAUGAAGAUGUAAUCAUUGAUAUUGAAGACGAUGUACAAAUUGCUCUUGAUGAAAAUAAUACAACAAAACAGAUGAUUGCACAAGACAACGGCAAGCAGAAUUCGUCAAAGUUGGAAAGUAAUACAAAAGAUGGAAAAAUUGAAAAAAUUUUCAAUGAAGUCAAUACAUUAAAGCAAAUAUGUCAAAAGGUUCUCGACAUUCGUAAAUUCGGAAAUAUAGAAAAUAAGAAUAAUACUAAAGAAUAUAACCAAAUUAAAAAACCGUGCAAGGAAAAUAAUAAAGUUAAAAAUCAAGAAAUACAUCAAAACAAACGGGAAUUACGAUCUACAAAUAAACGAUAUCUUUAUUCCAAAAUGAAGUCGGAGUAUUCUCAUAAUGAAACAAAGGUUCGUACGGUGCAAUUUAAACCAAUGAUAUGUGGAUAUUGUAAGGAACAAUUUAAUAAUAUUAAGUUAUAUGAUAAUCAUCAAUGUACUGUUACAAAAGGCAGAUCAUUUGAUGAAUUUUCGCUACAGUUGCGAUGUUUUUUUUGUAAAGAAAUGCUAAAUAGUUACAACGAAUUUGAUAACCAUAUGAGAUUCAAACAUUUUGAUCAUGGCUAUCAUUGCUUCCAAUGUCCCGAACGAUUCACGAGUGAUAAAGGACGAUUAUCCCAUUUUCAUUUAGACCAUAACGAUUUGAUUUGUAGAUUUUGUAAUAAAAAAAUUACUAUUUCCUUAAAGACUCCACAUGAAGGUUAUCAUUUAGGUUUUGGUUAUCCUUGCCAUAAAUGUAAAAAGGCUUACACAAAUAAUAGGAAUCUUUCUUAUCAUAAAUACACGAUACAUUUUAAUGGAGCUGAUAACUUGGUAACUUGUACUAUAUGCUUGAAAUCUGUGAAACUCAAAACUUUCCGUGGUCAUAUGAAAUGUCAUAAACACAAUGCUUGUUAUUUUUGUGGCAAAGUAUUUUCUGAUAGAGUAGGUUUAGAAUACCAUACCAUGAUGAAUCAUGGUACAAAUUCCAAGUUAAAAUGUAAUAUCUGUGGUACACGAUUUUAUACUAAGAAACAGCUUGAAAGACACGAGAAGAUUGAUGGAUGCAAUAAAGAGGCAUGCAACAGAGAAUGA